AUGGAUAUUAUUCGAGAAGCUCAGAUAAUUCAAUCUUUUGAUCAAGAAUCAUCUGAUGAUGAUAUUGAUUCUGAUGACUCUAAUCUAACGACAACACCAAGAACAAUUAUUUCAUCAAUGCAAUCAAUGCAAUUACCAUCAAUAAACGAUAUUAUUAAUAAUAAUCCUUUAGGUUUUAGCGGAGCAUACUCAAUGACUACACUUGG